ACCACUACUACUGCCACGGCUGCCUCUCACCACACGUCUCGCAGCCAUGGAUCUCAGCGAGCUGCAACAUGCUACUAUGCGCUUUGUUGCCGAGGCCAAUGCGCAGUUCAAUCGCAUUCCCGGCUCCGCCAUUGCUGUGCGGUACAUCAAGUCGAGUUACCGCAAUGAUCCCGUCCGCAGCGCCGUCGAGUUAUUCUUGUUCCUGUUCGCAGUGAGAUACCUGCUCGCACCCAAGUACAGCACGCAGAAAAAAGUGCAGCUCACUGACGCGGAGAUUGAUGAAUUGGUUGAAGACUGGACGCCGGAACCACUUGUCGCUCCCACGACGGCGCUCGAGGAUCUGGACAACGAGAGGCGCCCCGUCAUUGUCGGACCAACGGGCCCCAAAUGCAAGCUGUCCAACGGCCGCACCGUGACGAACCUCGCCUCGUACAACUUCUACAACUUCCUCUCCAAUGACACCCUCAAAGACAAGGCUAUUCAGACACUACGCACGUACGGCGUCGGUCCUUGCGGUCCUCCGGGCUUCUACGGCACGCAAGAUGUUCACAUGAAGACGGAAGCCGACGUUGCGGCGCACCUCGGUGUCCCUGCCUGUAUCAUCUACGCACAAUCCUUCUCGACGAUAAGCAGUGUGAUUCCCAGUUUCAGCAAGAGAGGAGACAUUAUUGUUGCCGACCGAGCGCUCAACUUCGCUGCGCGCAAGGGUAUCCAGAUCAGCAGGAGCACGGUCAGAUGGUUUGAACAUAAUGACAUGGACGAUUUGGAGAAUGUGCUUCAGAAGGUUGUCAAGGAGCAGGCGAAGAAACCGCUGACGAGGCGCUUCAUCAUUACCGAGGGCCUGUUUGAAAACAUUGGCGAUGUCGUCAAUCUCCCCAAGCUGGUUGAACUCAAGCUCAAGUACAAGUUCCGCCUCAUUCUUGACGAAACCUGGUCAUAUGGCGUUCUCGGCCGCACCGGCGGCGGCGUUACCGAAGCCCAAAACGUUGAUGCAUCUGAAGUGGACAUGAUUAUCGGUUCUCUCUCUGGCCCUCUCUGUGCUGCAGGAGGUUUCUGCGCCGGUAACGAAGAAGUCGUCGAGCACCAGCGCAUUUCCUCUGCCUCGUACACAUACUCUGCCGCCCUUCCUGCGUUGCUCAGCACCACGGCCAGCGAGACGAUCAGCAUGCUACAAGAACAACCAGACAUUUUGACAACACUCCGGGAAAACAUCCGAGCGAUGAGGGCACAGUUGGAUCCCCGAAGCGAUUGGGUUCGGUGCAGCAGUUCGGCGGACAACCCAGUCAUGCUUCUUGUCCUCAAGGAUGAAGUCAUUGAGAACAAGAAACUGAGCGUCGAAGAUCAAAACCAAAUUUUUAGGGAGGUUGUUGACGAGUGUCUCGCGAACGGCGUCCUCAUCACAAGACUCCAGUCUUUCCCGAUUGGUCUAGGGAUUAACCCCAAAGACGCAGGAUGGCAGCCCAGCCCCUCGCUCAAGGUCUGUGUCACCAGCGGGCUGACAAAGAAGGAGACGGAGAAGGCUGGAACGAUUAUCCGGCACGCCAUCACCAAGAUGGUCAGUCGACGAAAGUAGGGCGUUUGAAACAAAACGGAGUAUUGGACAACUGGUGGGAGCAUGUGAUUCAAGGGCGUUUUUCGCAGUGUCUGCUGGCCCACCUCCCUGGCACUGGCACUGGCGCUUGGCGCACAUUGCAUGAUGCAUACGUUCCUGGUAUAGACGUUUGAUGUCAUUAGAAAAU